UAAAUUAAAAAUAUAAAAACAAUAGCAAAGUUAUGUUGGUGGCAGUGAACGUCACAAAAACAUAACCCUAAUUUUUACAACGUAACCUCAAUUUAUCACAAUAUUUGUACACAUUUCAAACCACGAAAAACAACAUAAAACAUGUCUAUAUACAGAAAAACAGCCUUGCUUCUCUAUCAACGGUUUCCAAAAAGUCUUCCCGUAAUAGAAUCGAGGGGUAUCCACAGGUGGGUAGCCCCCACGUUUCGGGAGAUCAACCGCAGACGUAAACAGAUUGGUCCCGAACCUGAACAGCCCCGAUCCAGUUACUUAGAGUGGAACUAUGAGGCGGAAAUUUUCGCAUUCGGUAACCGACUGGGAGAAAAAUUCGACCGCAAUUUACUGGUAAAAGCUUUGACUCAACGGGAGUAUGCCAAUCUGCAAGAAAUUAAGGCACAAGAAACAGGUGGUCCUGUAGUAAAACCUGAGGACAACCAUGAGUUAAUCAGUGAAGGUUAUGAAAUUAUAUCUAAUGUGAUUAAAAAUGAAUACAACAAAUAUUAUCCUGAAGAAAUUGUUGAUGCUGUGCACAGAUUUUUAACAACUGAUGAAUUACUGGGUCUUGUUGGAAAACACAUUGGACUCACAGAUUUGAUCCAAACAAAUGAAUUCCCAGUUAAAACAACAACAAUUAGCAACACAUUUAAAGCAGUAGUUGCUGCAUUGAAACAAUCACAAGAUUUCAAAAGGGCUGAGCAAUUUGUUAGAGAUUUUGUGUUGUGUCAGAUGAAUGGGAAAGAUGUCUAUGACAUUUGGAAUCCAGAAAAACCUUUUGAAUACCUCACAUCUUUGUUGAAAAGCAAAGGAAUUGAAAAUGUUGAGCCCAGAUUAUGUAAUGAGUCUGCCUCUAAUACUAUUUUGGCCAAUUAUCAAGUUGGAUUGUAUAAUAAUAAGAAACUAUUAGGAUUGGGCUGGGGAGAAAGUAUUGCAAUCGCAAAAGAUACGGCUGCGUUGGACGCAAUCCAAAGAUUGUAUGGAAACUAUAUCCAAAAAUAAUUGUUUAAAAUAAAUUUAGUUUUAGGAAAAUGUUUUUUUUUAUUUUAAUAAAACCACCUUAUCAAACUUUAA